UCAGUGUUGAGAGAAGAGUUCCGGACGGAGCCUAGCAGUGUGAGAUUAGCUCAGGGGGAGACUGCUCUGCUGGAGUGUGGACCACCCAGGGGCCAUCCUGAGCCCACGGUCUUCUGGAAGAAGAACGGCCAGGUGCUGGAGAUGGACAAUCCCAAGAGAAUCCAGAUAGUGGACGGUGGCAAUCUAGCCAUCCAGGACGUGCAGGAGCAGGAUGAGGGGAGAUACCAGUGCGUGGCCAAGAACACCGUGGGUCUUCGGGAGUCGGCGGCCGCUCAACUUAAAGUAGAUGUGAAACCAUUCCUGGUGCAAGGGCCAGAGGAUGUGAUCGUCCAGGUAGGAGGCAGUGUCACCUUCAGCUGUGUAGUGGGUGGAGACCCACCCCCAGACGUGAUGUGGAGGAGAACACCCGGGGGUGGCAACAUGCCUCUAGGUCGCGUCACAGUGCUGCAAGAUCGUAGUCUGCGACUGGAAUCUGUCACCGUGGAGGACGAGGGAGAGUACACAUGUGACGUAGAUAACGCCGUCGGUAGCCUCAUAGCGUCCGCUGUGCUCACAGUACAUUCUCCACCAGUGAUCCUCAGUCACCCUGUGGACCAAGAGGUGGAGGAGGGUGGGGAGGUGGUGUUUGUCUGUGGGGUGGAGGGCAAGCCGGAACCCACAGUAUUCUGGAGUCUGGAGGGCAACCACAGUCUAGUGUUCCCGGGGGAGAGUUUGGGUAAACUGCGGGCUUCACUCAAUCCCACCGGACAUACAGUGUUGUCAAUACAAGGAGUGCGUAAGAACGAUAGCGGGCUAACUGUCGUGUGUGCGGGGGUCAAUGUAGCGGGUUCGGACAGUUGGCGAGCUCGUCUCACUGUAACAUCACCUGAGGACUUACCACCACCAGUCAUAGAGCUUGGACCUGCCAAUCAGACCUUGCCAUUACACACAUUGGCAACACUGCACUGCUUGGCUAGUGGUAACCCUGCACCAGUCGUCACCUGGUACAAGGAUGGUGUGCCUGUACUCCGUAGUGCUCCCAGAGUCAACAUUUCUGAGACAGGGACGCUGCAGAUAAAUGACACUGUAGCGAGCGAUGAGGGUACCUACACGUGCGUGGCAUCGUCACGUAGCGGCAAGGCCACAUGGAGUGCAGUGCUGCGGCUGGAGUCUCGCACAAAUCCUAAUGUCCACUUCUUCCGCAGUCCUGAGCCAACCACACUGCCUGGUCCUCCCAGCCGUCCCGUCGUCGUCAACUCUUCCCACAACACCAUCACCAUCUCCUGGACUCGGAACAACAAGAUAGGCUCCUCUUCACUUCUAGGCUACCAGGUAGAGCUGUUUAGUAGAGACCCAGCUGUGCCAAGGGGGGGAGGUAGCGGAUGGGCUGUAGUUGCUAGGAGGGUUCCAGGACCUACUUAUACGCAGCACCACCUGGGUCCCGCCUUGGUCUACACAUUCCUGGUGCGAGCAGAGAAUUCCCACGGGCUGUCGUCACCCAGUCCCUUGUCGCCCCCCACCCUACUGAGUCCCCAAGCCCCCGUGGGGUCGUCCACACACUCUCACCAGCUCAAGGAGGCACAGGCCAGCCUGUCAGCAGGACAUGUGGUGGAGCUAACCACCAUCCAGCCCACCAGUGCCACCUCCAUCAAGCUAGGCUGGGAAAUAGUGAAUGCAGACUUUGUAGAAGGCUUCUAUAUAUACUCGCGUUCAUUGGACACCAACACCAAGUCUACCAACAUACUGACAGUACUCCAUGCCGGAGAGGCUUCUGGAUUCCUGGUCACCGGACUUCUGCCCUUCACCCGGUAUCUCUUCUUCCUCAUCCCUUUCUUCAAGUCAGUUGAUGGCCGGCCUUCCAACUCCAGGACUGCUCGAACCAUGGAAGACGUGCCGACUGAACCACCAGUAGAUAUGGAAGCAGUCCUACUCAACGCCACAGCUGUCCAACUAAAAUGGAAACCCCCGCCUCCUCAAUCCUGCAAUGGGAUCCUUCGAUCUUAUCAGAUUGUGGUGAGGGCAGGACCUUUAGUAUUGAGCAACGUAAGUGUGGCAGCAGACAGUCCCUCCCUGCUACUGACCAAUCUGACGGCAGGAGUGGUGUACGUGGUGGAGGCUGCAGCCGUCACUCGUGUGGGGGCAGGACCCUACAGUGCUCCUGCCACACUCCGCCUUGAUCCUGCAACUCCAUACACCAGACAUCCAGUGGACCUGGAGACUCCAGUCAGUUCCAGUUCAGAGUUUGUGACGGAGACCUGGUUUGUGGCAUUACUCGGCUCUCUGCUCACUGUCAUGCUGCUCAUGUUUGCCGCCAUGCUCAUUGUGCGCCGCAGACAGCUGCUCGCUAAGAAGUCCAACCUGCCAGGUUGCCAAAACGGUGGAGGAGUGACCCCCACCCCUGUAAGUCUCAAGACCAGCCUAAACCUCCCUCCAUUGGCCACCCAGUCUGAGGCUUCUCUGUGGAUUGAGCCCAAGACUUUAGCACAGCCCCACACCACACCAGACUACGCCGAAGUUCAGCAGAGAACAGUGUCAUCCUUCCAGCCCCCCGGGGACAAUGCACCAGCUGCCUACGCCACCACUACCCUUGUGCCCAGUCUUCACAGCUCUAGGGAUAGAGGGUACUGUCUGGAAUCAAGUCGUGAGCCUCUAUACUCUCCGCCAAGCUACCAUAGCCGACUCUAUUCCGACACAUACUGUCUUCAUCACAAUACAGGGAGCCAGAGUAUGGGUGAAGACAGUAACGGUAUGUUACACACAGCAACUCUUCGGAGACCUCCACACCACAGUCCAAACCCUCACAGGCCCCAGGGAGCCAGAGUAUGGGUGAAGACAGUAACGGUAUGUUACACACAGCAACUCUUCGGAGACCUCCACACCACAGUCCAAACCCUCACAGGCCCCAGCAACUCUUCGGAGACCUCCACACCACAGUCCAAACCCUCACAGGCCCCAGGUUUGUUGUGUAAUAGUGUUAUUAACAGUUCUUUAUUGACUACAGGGAGCCAGAGUAUGGGUGAAGACAGUAACGGGAGCCAGAGUAUGGGUGAAGACAGUAACGGUAUGUUACACACAGCAACUCUUCGGAGACCUCCACACCACAGUCCAAACCCUCACAGGCCCCAGGGAGCCAGAGUAUGGGUGAAGACAGUAACGGUAUGUUACACACAGCAACUCUUCGGAGACCUCCACACCACAGUCCAAACCCUCACAGGCCCCAGGUUUGUUGUGUAA